UGUUACGUCGAGGUGUAGUAAGCCUCACCACAUAAAUAGAGAGUUUAUUACUUGAUGAUGAAGAAAAAGAUUCAUCAGUUGGAAAUCUGAUUGGUCCCCCUAAUUCAUCUAGAAAUUAAUUAACCCCCUGUUAAGUCGAUUCUUGCUCUCCAAGCUAUUAAGUUUCUAUAAAACCUAGCUAACAUCUCCACACCACACUAGUUUCUAAAAUCCACCUCCUGUCUUCCAAGGUUAGGGUACUUUCUUUAGCCUCAAAUCCCCCGUAUAUCUUCUUUAUCUCUCCAUCGAUCCAUUCAUCAGUUUCAGGUUCUGUAUAGAACAAAUCCCAGAAUAAAGAUCACAAAGAAACCCUAGCUGAAAGAAUUAAGUUUUCAAUUCAUGGAGGAUCAUAUGCUUCUGCCUGGCCAUAGGUUUUGCCCCUUGGAGGAUGAAUUACUCUUGUACUACCUUAAGCCCAAGGUGAACGGGAAGGAGGUACCUGGAAAAGAGUCCCUUAUUUGCGAGUUGGAUCUUUACGGCGACCAAGAACCAUGGAAGAUAUGGGAAAGAUUCGAAGCAAGACGGGCAAACGACUUGAGGAAGAACAAAGAUCUCUACUUCUUCACCCAAAGGAAAAAGGUCAGUGCAAAGGCCUCGCGUAUAAGUCGGAAAGUUGGGAGUGGUACUUGGAAAGGCCAAGUCGCAGCCAAGGACGUAUAUCUUCUGGAUGAGAAUCAGAAGCCAACAACCACUCUUCUUGGUUUCAAGAAAACCUACACCUAUCAGAAUAAGCGUUCUGUGCAUCAUGGUCGCUGGAUCAUGUAUGAGUUCGAACUUCAUAAGUCGCAACUCCUGCCCAAGAAACAAGUAAACAAGAAUGACUAUGUUCUUUGUUUACUUAGGAAAAAUGAUGAACUGCCGGAAAAAAAGCGAAAAUUAAAGACAACAAGAAGAGGAAAUGCUUGA